UUGCGUCGCGCACACGGGGGCCGGGCGGAGCCGCGUUGGCCGCAGAGAGCACAGGCCGCAAGUCCCGCGCGCCGCUCGCGCAGCUGCCCACUAUAUAUAGCUGCAGCAUGGCUCUACAGUGCAAGUGAUGUGGACAGGAACCUUGCGUCGCGCACACGGGGGCCGGGCGGGGCCGCGUUGCCCGCAGCGAGCGCAGCAGUGAGUCCCGCGCGCCGCUCGCGCAGCUGCCCGCUAUAUAUAGCUGCAGCAUGGCUCUACAGUGCAAGUGAAGUGGACAGGAACCUUACGUCGCGCACACGGGGGCCGGGCGGAGCCACGUUGUCCACAGCGAGCGGGGCCGCGAGUCCCGCGCGCCGCUCGCGCAGCUGCCCACUAUAUAUAGCUGCAGCAUUGCUCUACAGUGCAAGUGAAGUAGACAGGAACCUUACGUCGCGCACACGGGGGCCGGGCGGAGCCGCGUUGGCCACAGCGAGCGGGGCCGCAAGUCACGCGCGCCGCUCGCGCAGCUGCCCACAAUAUAUAGCCGCAGCAUGGCUCUACAGUGCAAGUGAAGUGGACAGGAACCUUGCGUCGCGCACACGGGGGCCGGGCGGAGCCGCGUUGGCCGCAGCGAGCGCGGCAGUGAGUCCCGCGCGCCGCUCGCGCAGCUGCGCACAAUAUAUACUGCAGCAUGGCUCUACAGUGCAAGUGAAGUGGACAGGAACCUUGCGUCGCGCACACGGGGGCCGAGCGGAGCCGCGUUGUCCGCAGCGAGCGCGGCCGCGAGUCCCGCGCGCCGCUCACGCAGCUGCCCACAAUAUAUAG